GUGCUUCGGCAGCUCAUGUCCCAAGGCCUAUCCUGGCAGGAUGACCUCACCCAGUAUGUGAUAUCCCAGGAGAUGGAGAGGAUCCCCCGACUCCGACCACCAGACCCUGGCUCCAAGGACAGGUCCAGCCUGGCAGCCAGGAGACCUACUCUCCCUGGGGAGUUGCUUCCACCUGGCCCCCCAACAGGCUCUGCCCCUGCAGCCCAGCAUCGGCUUCAGAGGCCUCUGCUGGGUGGGGGUGGGGGUGGAGCUCUGCUGCCUUCCCUCCCAGCUGAACUGCUGCCUCCACUCCUGGAGCAUCUGCUGCUGCCCCCACAGCCCCCACUCCCUGCCCUGAGCUAUGAGCCCACAGUGCUGCAACCCUACCUAUUUCACCAGUUUGCCUCCCAGGAUAGUUCCCGGGCCUUGGAGAACUCCCCAGGGUUGGUCACAGUCGUCCCCCAGCCAAAGGUGGAGCCCCCAGCCCUCUUCAGCAGAACUGCUUCUAAGAAUGUGUUUGGUGCCCAUCCCAGCCUCUCCUACAGGAACCCUCCAGGGCCUGUACCUGCCCAGCUCUUCCAGGACCCUGGACUCCUCUACCUGGCUCAGGAGACCCCUGCCUCAGUCAGGGUCAAGGGUCAAAGACUACAAGAACAGGGAGGCAACAGCCAGGGAGAAGAUUCCCUACAGACCUAUGGGGAGGAAGGGAUAGGGGGAACUGGGGAGCAGGAACCAGAGCCUCCUGCUUUAGCAUCCCUAGCCCCAGGCCCCCAGCCAGAUGUGCUUCUGCAGAGACUGGCAGCAGUGCUGGCUAACUAUGGGGUGGAGUUAAAGCAGCUGAGUCGGGAGCAACUCACCAGCCUCUACACUCUGAUGCAGCUGCUGCCCAAGGGUAUGGGAAAGAGCCAGGGUGAAGCUAGAAAUACUGAUGCUGAGACAAAGAAAGCAGUGGAAGGAGAUAUGCAGCUCACUGUCGAUAGAGUAGAAGCUCCUUCUGCCAUGGUUUCCUUACCUGAACUCCCUGUUGGUAGCACCACCCCAAUUCAUGCUCAGAGAGCUGAAGUGGAAGGCCCCAGCAAGUCCCCACUUUCCCAUGCUAUUCCUGUCCUGAUGGAGAAGAAGAGUCCAUCGGGCCAGAAAGGGCUCUCUGGGGGAGAGCAGCCCCCAGCUCAUUCUGCAGAGGAGUAUGGCUACAUAGUUACAGACCAGAAGCCCCUGGGACUGACUGCUGGUGUCAGGCUCUUGGAAAUCUUGGCAGAACACAUCCACAUGUCUUCUGGGAAUUUCAUCAAUAUCAGCGUGGUGGGAUCAGCCCUCACCUUCCGAAUCCGGAACAAUGAGCAGAACAUGUCUUUGGCCGAUGUGACGCAGCAAGCUGGACUGGUGAAGUCAGAGCUGGAAGCAGAGACAGGGUUCCGAAUCGUGCAGACAGGAGUGGGCCAGCGUGAAGAAGCAGCUGCAGUGCUGCCCCGGCCAGCCCGAGGGACUCCCCCACUUCGUUCUGUGCUGCUGACCCUGGUGGCCCUGGCAGGUGUGGCAGGGCUGCUUGUGGCUGCAGCCUUGGCCAUCUGUUUGAGGCAGCAUGGACGGCUUCGGGAGAAGGAACGCCUGGCAGCCCUGGGGCCUGAGGGAGCCCAUGCCGAUACCACCUUGGAGUACCAGGAACUGUGCCGCCAGCACAUGGCCAGCAAGUCUCUGUUUAGCCGGUCCGAGGGGCCACCAGAGCCCUCGAGGGUGAGCAGCAUCUCCUCUCAGUUCAGUGAUGCUGCUCAGGCCAGUCCCAGCUCCCACAGCAGCACUCCAUCCUGGUGUGAGGAGCCUGCUCAAGCCAACAUGGACAUCUCCACAGGACACAUGAUCCUGGCAUAUAUGGAGGAUCACCUGAGAAACCGUGACCGGCUGGCCAAGGAAUGGCAGGCCCUGUGUGCCUACCAGGCAGAGCCCAAUGCUUGUAGCAUAGCCCAGGGUGAUGCCAACCUCAAGAAGAAUAGGAACCCUGACUUUGUACCCUAUGAUCAUGCCCGAAUCAAGCUGAAGGUGGAAAGCAGCCCUUCUCGGAGUGAUUAUAUCAACGCUAGCCCCAUUAUCGAACAUGACCCACGGAUGCCAGCCUACAUUGCCACCCAGGGCCCGCUGUCCCACACUAUUUCGGACUUCUGGCAGAUGGUGUGGGAAAAUGGCUGCACAGUCAUCGUGAUGCUGGCACCCUUGGUGGAGGAUGGAGUCAAGCAGUGUGACCGCUACUGGCCAGAUGAGGGCUCAUCCCUCUAUCAUGUCUAUGAGGUGAACCUGGUUUCAGAGCAUAUCUGGUGUGAGGACUUCCUGGUGCGCAGCUUCUACCUGAAAAACGUGCAAUCCCAAGAGACUCGCACCCUGACCCAGUUCCAUUUCCUCAGCUGGCCAGCUGAGGGGACCCCAACCUCGACACGGCCCCUACUGGACUUCCGCCGGAAGGUGAACAAGUGCUACCGAGGACGGUCCUGCCCCAUCAUUGUGCAUUGCAGUGAUGGAGCAGGAAGGACUGGUACUUACAUUCUCAUUGACAUGGUGCUGAACCGGAUGGCAAAAGGAGUGAAGGAGAUUGACAUUGCUGCUACCUUGGAGCAUGUUCGAGACCAGCGGCCGGGGCUUGUCCGAACCAAGGACCAAUUUGAAUUCGCGCUGACCGCAGUAGCAGAGGAAGUGAACGCCAUCCUGAAGGCUCUGCCUCAGUGAAAAACCCAGAUGUUUCUGCUUCCUUCCCCUCCUGUGGGCAUGGUUCAACCCCUGUGGUCCCCUCAUGCUCUCUGCAAGCAUCUCUGCCCUAUGUCAGAAUCUCCUAUUCUAUAUCUCUAGCCCCAUUCUACCCUGGGCUUCUCGGAGCUGA